CUUUCCUGCAUAUGUCCUCUACUUCUCAGAAAUUACUCAAUCUAUGGAAUGAGCAUAAGUGAGAUAGACAUAAUUCUCAUCCUCUAAACACCUCUACAGCACCCUACCCAUACCCGUCGAACUGCCGCCAUGACAUCCCGCACGAUUAUUCUGAGAUUCGAGAGUCGAAACGGCCAGUUUCGCCUGAAUGUCAGCCCACAAGAUAUGUUCCCAUCUCUAGAAACAAAGAUUCUGGAGCAUCUUCCCCCAGACACCGAACCAUCUUCGAUCAAGCUUUCCAACAAACCAAUUGGCGCUGCUGGUGACGAGCGUUUCUUGAAUACUCUGGAUGGAGUGUCUUUUGAGCAAGUUGGGCUUAGGUCAGGGCACGGAGACAAGCUCUACAUCGGUUAUCAAUCAAAGCAGGAUCUCCAAGAUGGUGCCAGUAAUGGGACUGCCGCUGGCUCGUCCGCUAGGCGGUUAAACGGAGCUCCUAUAAAUCAAGAGAUUACUCCCACUUCACGAGCACAAGCCGACAGAGUCGCCUCCGUUACUGUCAAGAACCCGUGGGAUGCUGUUAGGCAAUCGGCUCUUGACGACCGCUUGGAGAAGAAGGAUGGGAAAAUUCAUCGUUCUCGCGAUAACAAGAUGUGCAAACACAGUGCGAAGGGCAUGUGCGAUUACUGCAUGCCUCUAGAGCCGUACGACCCGAAAUACCUAGCCGAGAAGAAGAUCAAGCAUCUUUCUUUCCAUUCAUAUCUGCGCAAGAUCAAUGCCGCAACCAAUAAACCCGAACUCAAAAGCUCAUUCAUGCCACCUCUCAGUGAGCCAUACUAUAGAGUAAGGACAGAUUGCCCGUCUGGUCACCCGCCCUGGCCUGAAGGAAUCUGUACCAAGUGCCAGCCAAGUGCGAUCAGUCUGCAGCCUCAGGAAUAUCGCAUGGUUGACCAUGUUGAGUUUUCCACGCCCGAUCUUAUCAACUCGCUUCUCGAUUUCUGGCGAAAGUCUGGCACUCAGCGUCUGGGAUAUCUUUAUGGUACAUAUGAAGAGUACGACGAGGUGCCUCUUGGGAUAAAGGCCGUGGUGCAGGCUAUAUAUGAGCCUCCUCAGGUGGAUGAAGUCGAUGGUGUCACACUCCAUGAAUGGGAGAACGAGAAGGAUGUAGACGAGAUUGCCCGCCUUUGCGGACUCGAAAAAGUUGGGGUUAUUUUUACCGACUUGCUCGAUGCUGGGCGGGGCGACGGGAGCGUGCUUUGCAAACGACAUAUUGACUCGUAUUACCUUUCCUCCCUCGAGAUCGCCUUUGCGUCACGUUUGCAGAUGCAACAACCAAAAGCGACGAGAUGGAGCAGAACUGGCUAUUUCGGCUCUAAUUUUGUGACAUGUGUUCUUAGUGGAGAUGAGGAGGGUGCUAUCACUAUCAGCUCUUACCAAGCUUCGGUUGCCGCGGUGGAAAUGAUUAGGGCCGACAUCAUUGAGCCGUCCGCAGAGCCAUCGGUGAUGCUAGUUCAAUCAGAAGACGAUGACACCAACAAAUCACGCUACAUACCUGAGGUUUUCUAUCGGAAAAUCAACGAGUAUGGAGUAUCGGCCCAGGUAAACGCUAAGCCAGCCUUCCCGGUCGAGUACCUUUUGGUCACCCUGACGCACGGGUUCCCUACGGAAUCGAAGCCACUUUUCAUUGACAGCACAUAUCCGAUUGAAAACCGCGAGGUCAUAGGCGAAGGACAGGAAUUCCACUCCCUCGCUCGGAAACUAGUUUCACACGGUGAUCCCCAAAAGGCAAUUCGGGCAGUAUCUGACUUCCAUCUUCUGUGCUUCCUUCGCACGUUCUCUACUUUCAGCAAGGAAGAAGAAGCACUCCUUUGCCGUGUAGCUACGACUCAGAACCCCACAGACGGACUACAACUCAUCAAUACUCCCGGAUGGGCAACAUUGGUCACUAUUCUUCAGGACAGCGGUGAGCGGCCCCCCAAGCGUCCCUGGCUGGACCCUUCACACCCUGUACCCCAACCCGGAAAACGUUACUCUCCCUCGUCAAGACAUGAGUCUCCCAGAUCUGAAAGUGAACAGCUUGCUAAGAGGUUCAAGGGAGCUAGUCUAAGGUGAACGGUCGAUGUUCUCCGAGCCGCCGCGCCUGCCCACCCAUCCCACCUUUGUAUCAGUGCGAAUGACCAGCAUGCCAUCUUUGAUCCUAUUCAUUAGUCUGGAUUGCCUAAGUCCCCGAAUCGGACGUCCGGAGAAUGUGCCCCUUUGUCGGUUAUCUAUACGGCGUUGUUAAGUAUUUGGUAAAGACUUUGGAUAGUCGUCAAAGUCAUGGAACGGUUUGGGCACGAUGCAAAUUUCGGGUCAGUAUGUACGUGCAGGUAAUAGGUAAACCGGCUCAAGAGAAAUCAAUAUAGCAUUCAUUCU